GAAUGUCAGCUCGAUCUGGUACAGAUGUAGAUGCAGCAAACCUCAGAGAAACAUUUAUGAACUUGAAAUAUGAAGUGAGGAAUAAAAAUGAUCUUACACGGGAAGAAAUUGUGGAAUUGAUGUGCAAUGUUUCUAAAGAAGAUCACAGCAAAAGGAGCAGCUUUAUUUGUGUAAUUCUAAGCCAUGGUGAAGAAGGAAUAAUUUUUGGAACAAAUGGACCCAUUGACCUGAAAAUAUUAACAAAAUUCUUCAGAGGGGAUCUUUGUAGAAGUCUAGCUGGAAAACCCAAACUUUUCGUUAUUCAGGUGGACUGUGGCAUUGAGACAGACAGUGGUAUUGAUGAUGACAUGGCGUGCCAGAAAAUACCAGUAGAGGCUGACUUCUUGUAUGCAUAUUCCACGGCACCAGGUUACUAUUCCUGGCGAAAUUCAAAGGAUGGAUCCUGGUUCAUUCAGUCACUUUGUGCUAUGGUGAAAUUGUAUGCACACAAGCUUGAAUUUAUGCACAUUCUUACUCGGGUUAACCAGAAGGUAGCAACAGAAUUUGAAUCCUUUUCCUAUGACUCCACUUUUCAUGCAAAGAAACAAAUUCCAUGUAUUGUGUCCAUGCUCACAAAAGAACUAUAUUUUUAUCACUAAAAAAUGGUUGACUUUUUUUAAGUUUGUAUGCCAAGUGAGGAAACAAUAUAAAUGAUACUGUAUUUCCUUCUCUAACUGAAUACUUCAGAUGGUAGUUUGAAUCAUGCCAUUUGCCCAGCAAAAGAACCACAGUCCAGAUACCUCAGGCUCAAAAUCAGGUAGUUGAAAUUGAAUUUAAUUAGGAAUAAAUAAAUAUGGAUAUUGGAAUAAUCUUGUGAAAAGAUUAUUGUAAUUUUACACAUUUCAUAAUUAGCAACAUUUUGUGAUGAUAUGCUAUGAAUUUUCAAGUAAUUAUGAGGAACUUAAACAUUGCAGUAAUGAAUUUUAAUGAUCCUCCCCCUACACACUUGAGACUGUGCACUCUAGUAAUUGUUGUACUGUAGAAAUGAUGAUGUGGACUAAUGUGUCUUAGACAUUGAGGAUCCAUGGGCAUGGUCAAAGGUUGAAGCUUUAUUUUAGAACUGAUGUAUGAAAAGGAAUCAAGUGCAUUUUAAAAUCACUUACAGCUCAUGAUUUUUGUGAUGUUUGUUUUGAGAAUGUAUUUCUUAUAAAAAUAGUUAUAUUUACUAUUGAGAAAGAAAAUAUUUCAGAGAAAGUAUGAGUAAACUGAGUUGAUUCUUUUAAGGCUAACAUGAAAUAUAAGUGGAGAGACAGAGUCAUAACUAUAAGGUGCUAAGAUCUACCAGCAUGUUUCUUCUCAUUUGUUCUUAUGCAAGUCAGGUAAAAUUUACACACCAGCAAAAUAUCUGAAGAUCUACUAUGUAAAAACUUCAAACCAUUACUAACUAGGAUGAUAUGAAGAAAUUCUACAGGAACAUACUAAAAUAUCAUCUGCACAAGACACAGUGAAAUGUAAAAAAAAAAAACAAUAAAUGGACCAGCUGGGCAAGCUGUAAUUUGAGAGAAGAUGGUUUGAGCCUGAGCAAAGAUGUGGCUCUGUCCAAACCAGGCAGAGCUACAGAUGCCACUUCAGAAAAAGAUGAUUGCCAGAUGAUUCCUUCAGGUGCAUACAGUGUGUGUAGAAGAUAACUCCCAAGGGAUGUGAGAAAGUAAACCAAGUGAGAAACUUCUAAAAUGAAGCUUUCCUGAAGAGUCACAAAAAUUGUAAUAUUCAUUGUAGUAUAAUUUGUAAGCAUGCUGUUUUCUGUUGAAGUUUACAGUCGGUGGGAAAAUAGUGGUAACAUUUUGUACUGUUACCUGAAAUGAAAGGACCACAGCACAUAGGAGUUUAGAAGCAUCCAAUCAGAGCCUCUCUGGUGCAUGUGGGCAAACUACAGGCCAGAGCUUAGCCCCAGCCAGGGAGGCUGGGCUCCAAGCUUCCUUGGUUCAUGGAUGUGUUCAGCAUUGCUGACUGCACCCAUGUGCUUCACCAGCUUUCAGACCAACCUAACGUUUCACGAGAACUUUCUUUUGGCGCAAAGAAAGGAACUGACAUUUAUAAUUGACAACUAUUUGUUUUGAUAAGAUCUAUUAACUUUUUUUAGGUAAAUGUAGCAUGUAAUGAUAUCCUAAGGUGGGUUUUUGUGUGACAAUUUUUGUAAAGUUUUUUAAUUUGCAUUUUUAUUUCAGAACAUAAAUUCAAACUUAAAUUAC